CAUCUUCACACAACAACAACAACACCCCUCUUUACACAAUUCCAUUUCCAACACAAACAAUGACGACGACAACAACCUUCGCACAAUUCUACGACUCAUGGUUCGACCAAUUCCACUGUUUAGUCCAACAACUCAACACGCCAAACCAAACAGACGCAGAGGAACUUAUCCGGAAGGUGAUGUCCCACCAUGAGGACUACUACAAUGCAAAAUCAAUGGCUGCGGAGAAAGAUCCUCUCCACGUGUUAGCAUCUCCAUGGGCCACAACACUUGAAAGAUCACUUUAUUGGAUCGCAGGGUGGAGACCCACUACAGCAUUUCACCUCAUAUACACUGAAUCAUCUCUCCUAUUUGAGUCUCACAUUAUUGAUAUUCUUCGUGGACUCCGUACCGGUGAUCUUGGUGAUCUCUCCCCAACUCAGUUCCGUCGUGUCAGCGACUUGCAAUGUGACACUGUGAAGGAAGAGAAUGCAAUAACAGAGGAGUUAUCAGAGUGGCAGGACAAUGCGAGCGAGUUGAUGGGUUCAGAAGAUGAUAUCAACGAGAAUAUCGGACGACUGGUAUGCAUUAUAAAGAAAGCGGAUGAUCUACGGCUGAGGACGUUGCGCAGUGUGGUCGAGUUUUUGUCGCCACAACAGGCUAUCGAGUUCUUGAUUGCCUCAGCUGAGUUGCUUGUUGGGAUACGUGGUUGGGGAUUGAAUCACGACCGUUCACGGCCUAGGCCAUCAUGAGUUUUAUUUAUGAUCAAAUUUCUUUCUUAAUUUCAAUUGAUAAAAUUUAAAUCAUUCGCAACUAAAUUAAGCACUUUGAGGGCAGUAUUUAUGGACCAAUGUGUUGGACUGAUGGAACAUUUUUAAAGACACUCUUAUAUCAAAGUUAAUUAUAAACACAAUAUGAUAAAGAA